AGUUUGAUCUGAACCUUCGCACGAGACACUACCGGUAAAAGCAAUCUUCUUUGUACGUACCAUUCUACCGCAGUCUCGUACAUUUUCAGGUUUUUUUAAGUUCUUUAGUAAUUUGCACGUAAGAUCUGCGCGAUAAAUUUAAAUAAAUAAAAAACGGAGGAAAGAAACUUGAGAAUUAUUUAAGAAAUAAAAAGAAGAUUUCUUCUCAAGAAUAUUAUAAUGGAAGAAUCGAGUGAUCUGACUGAGGAGGUUGAAACAGAAAGUACGACGAGUAGAAAUGAGAACGGAUUAUGCCCGGACAAUGUUGUGGCCGACGAUGAAGGCAAGGGAGCGAGCGAAAGGACAAUUGAAUGUCCGUACGAGCCUCCGAGUCCAUCGAAAACGAAAGACGGUGUCACGGGCACGAAAGUGAAACGCAAAGUGCGAUCAACGCGAAAGAAACUAAACGCGAUGAUCAGCAACACGUCGUUGUACUUCUCGGACACCGACUCCGAGGGCGAGUUAACGACGAUCAGCGCUCCGGUCAGAUCACUGAGCACCACGACGGAGGAACCGCAGGGGCCUACUAUUUCCAUAACGACAGACGAUACAGAACCUAUCGAGGGGAUGAACAUCCUGUCGCCCGACGACAGAAGCCCCUCUCUCCGCAGUUUCGUGGAUAAUCUCACGGACAUAGACGAGAUUUACCCGAGCGAUGCGGAGAACGAGCAAAAAGAGACGCUGAAGGUUGGCGAGUCAUCUUGUCAGGGUGACACGGAUCUCGAAGACUUCGAGGGCGAGGACGAAGUGCAAUCGACGAUCUUCGUGCAACCCAGAUCCGACAUAUUCUGCGAUUACAGCGGCGAGACUGUGAUGACCAAAGAGGGCGACGGGCCUUUCUCUGUAGAGGUGAGGAACAAGAUAUACCGUGAAGAGGCACCGCGUAACGAGCGCGGCUCUACGCCAGACAUCGUCGUCGUGUGUAACACGGAUGAGGAAGACAUGGAUGUGUCGGGCGAAGAGGAAUUGGACGAAGCGUGCUGCACUCAGAAGGAAUUUUUGGAGGAUUUAGACGUCCUCACGGCCUCGCUAGUUGUCAUGAGAAACGUCAAUAAGUUGGAAAAUAUGCUGAAUGUCAAAGAUGGUAGCGACGAUGCCGUCAGCGAUUGCCAUACCGACGUCGAAGACGUCGACAAUUAAAAACACGGAUUUGGAGGAUAGAGAAGAACUGCACUGACGAAAUAUGAUGCAAGAAUUGACUGUUAUAAAUUAUCACUUAUUCAAUAUAUGUUAAUAUUUUAGACAGAGUUAAAUCUGCUUAUUAUUAUGAAAAGAAAACAUACAUAUUUUUGUAAUGUUAAAUAUUUUUAGAAUAAGUAUUUCCGGCGAUAAAUGUUAAUCUAACGAGAGAAAAUUUACACAAUAUUGUGUUCACAAGAUCAAUUUCAUUUUCUAUGAGAUUCAUUCCUUUUUGCACCAUUGCUUUGGGUAAUAAAAUUUUUGCAAUUUUUUAUGGCACACUGGAACAUUAGAUUCGAUAUAAUUGAAAAUUAACUGAAAUCGUGAGAAUUAGACGUGCGAACGGAGAUCGCAGGAAUUUACUAGACUUCGAUGUUAUCAUUUGGUAUUAACACAAUCUUCUGUACUUAUACUUGCAGACAAAACUGCCGUCCUCAACAUUAUCAUAGACAACCGUAUGGGCUAUUAAAUUUAAGUCAAGGAAUAAUAUCCACGGAUAAAUGAUUCUAAUAAAGAGAAAGAAAGUAUAAUUACAGUUGAGAAAAAACAAUUUAGAGUUUACGUGUAUAUUAAAUAUAUUAUGCUUAAAGUGCUGUGCGCAUGUUACGAGUUCAAAUAUAUUUUUGACAUUGUGUUUAUUUUUGAGAAAAAACAAAUGGAAGAACAGAGUUGUUAUAUGUGUACGGUUAACAGAGUUUACGAUAGUGUUGUGUCGAUUAACAAUUUCUUGGGCAAAUUAUACUUAUAUCAAAGUUAUAUAUUACAUAGAUAACAGAAAAUACCUCUAAAUAGUAACGUGAUAGUUUACACACUCACACUUACACGCCUACAACUGAAAAGAAAUUGUAAAUAAUACGAAGAGAGAGGGAAGAAUGUAUUACAUUAUCACAUGUAAUUACCUUAAUAAAAAGUAAUGUGAGCAUAA